UGCUGUGAUUGUCCUAACGUAUGACUUAUCUCGAGGACAUCACUACUACGAUUCUGGUUGGGCCAAUCGGGUACCCGAGGAAGCGAAGUAAGAAGAGUCUAUCCAUCCACGAUCAUUGCUAUACAAGCCACCGGGCCAAUCGUUUUGAGCCCUCCAGUUGAGAUGAUAAGAAUCUAGUUUGUUAGAUGUACUACGAGUCAUUGCUCUGGUAUUAAAUAGCAUGAGUUCAGAGAGGACAAUGCACCGAAUGAUCUGGUUAUUUAUGAGAGGCAGUCGAGGGAUCGGCGCUUCGGGACGUGGCAAGGCUUUCCGGUGUCUUUCAAGGAUUCGGGUCCGGGGUGCAGCUAAUGUGAACCAGCAUCCCAUGAAUAUUCGGCUACCCGCUUCCUUUCCACGUGAACGGAACCAUCUAAAAACGGCUGCACCGAGCAUUCAGUCGGGUUGCAAGCAGUCGCAAUUUUAUACCCGUAGUGACACUUGCGCCCAACUAACGUCGAGAGAUGCCGAACGUGGCCGGGAAUUUGGUUCGCAUGGCAGCGCCCAACACGACCCCGUUGCGGAUUGCGGAGAUCUUGCCGCAGCCUCUAGACGCCACAUUUCCGUGGCUAGUCAUAGGCACAAGCGUCCCAAGCCGGCAUUAUCUAAUCUGUGCCUAUUGUUUCAUCGAGAACUUGGAAAUCUGGGAACGAUUACCGGCAUAUGUGGCUGGUUGCGGAGUUUGCAGCUGAUAUGCGCCACGGCUGUAGGUAACCGCGGGUUCGCGAAUCAAAGGUCAAACAAGGCCGAGCUCUCUGUCUUGUCUCGGAAACUUCCCACGCCCACACGUAAGGCCCCGUAUGCUCCACGAUCAAGAUAGAAACAGCAGCCGAAGGUACAGGGAAUCGUGGCACACCCCCCUUCCAGGCUGAAAAUUUCGAACACAUGGAUUCCGAAAGGUCUUCUCAAUGCUCUCCCCUCGGAGGAAAGCUAGAGGGUUGGACUUGGCCGGCGGAAGAUAUCCUCACCCACUUGACGGUGGUUAGGUAGGACCAAGAUCCUUCCCACCGGCUUAGAAGUCCAGCAUUAUCUUCUGCGUCGAGUACUGGGAUUA